AUGGUCCGUGUUGCAAUACUCGAUGAAGAAGACUCUCCGAGAAUCCAACCCAGCUCCAAAUCGGAAGAGGACACGAUGAUGAUUCAUGAAAGAGCAGAACACACAGAAAUUUCCAUCAACACCUCACAACGCAUUGAUGAAAUCAUCAACACAAAUUCCACAUGGAAUUCAACAAGGAUUAUGGACCCUUUCGCAAUACAAACCGAAGAAUUAGAUCUACAACAACAACGACAACAACAGGAACAACCAUUUACAACAAUAGUUUUCACUCCGAAUAAUCAUCACACAAAUGAUGAAAAUGAUUCGAACACACUUCGAUUUUUCACAACAAAUUCUAAUACCACCCUUCAUAAAGACCAUGAAGAGAAACCUACUAGCCUAGUGCUCGAGCAAGAAAUGAUCAUGCCUCGCGAUCACACCAAUGAUGUUUGUGUAACACAAAAAGUGCAUACACUCGAUUCGAAUUUAACACAUUCAUCUCGAGAUCAUGACAUGAUCCUUUCACAUCAAGAACCACAACAUCCAUCCUCAUUUCCUACUCCUGCAUUUUCUCCACUUUCUAUAUUAAAUUGGAUUCAAGAUAAAUUACAUUUAAAUUCCAAUCCAAAAGGAUUUGAAAAAUCAUAUUUGCCACCAGAAGUGUGUUUGAGAAUUUUUCAUUUUGUCGAUCAUGAUCAGUUAUUUAUUACAAUUCGUCUCGUUUGCAAACAAUGGAGACAAAUUGUUGAAGAAGAAAUGUUCUUCAUGCCAGUUUCAACAUUUUACAAAAUUUUACAACAUGAAUUACAACGGUUAAAAGAAAAUCAUUCUCUCACUCAAACCGAACAUAUACCACCACCUCCUUCCACUGUUGUUGUGGAAUUACCCACUUUUGAUGUCAAACAAAAUUUACUUCACUUUUUACUAUUUAAAUAUACACUCAAAUACUACAAAACCUAUAGUAUUGGAUUUAAGAAUUUUGUGCAAAAUACCUAUCUCAAUUUUAGAGCAAAAGAAAAAGAGCUCAAUUACAAACUUCCACAUCCGAUUACUCCUCCUGCUAAAUUAUUUAACCAAAUUGGAGUCUCUAGUGACAGUGUUGAUUUUCUCUUUUUGAAAAUUAUGUUUUUUGAAUUUACUUCCAAUGAACAACAAGAAGAAUAUAGCAAAAUAUUGCAUCAAGAUUCCUCAAAUUCAGAUAAUGACGCUCUCUCCUAUGGUGACAGUCCUAUGGAUCGAAAAUUUUCAAUUAUUCUUGAAAAGAAAGAAAUUGGAUUUAAUUGGUUUGAAAUUUAUACAAAAGUGAGACAUGAAUACCAUCGUUUUACUCAAUUUAUGGAAGAGAGAUCAACCUCUCUUGAUCAAAUGUAUCAUAUCACUCGAAUGUUCUAUUUACCAUUCGCAAUAUUAUUAAUUAUCAUUUCCAUGUUACUUGCACUUGUUAAAUAUUUAGCUAUUGAUAAUGCCAUUCAUGACGAAAUGUCAUAUGAUUCUCUCACAGUUCCAGAAUUUGAUUACUUUUGGAUGUUUUGUUUUGGUCUAAUUAUUAUUUCAGUGACUAUUCUUGGUAACAUUCCAUUGACCAUCAUGUUACGAAUAUUUAGAGAUUGGAUCUAUAUUGUGGAGCAGUUUCACAUUCGAGAACGAUACAAAUCAAAGAAUAUCAAAUUUUUCUAUCGAGUGAAAAAACAUGUCUAUAUUGGAGAAAUACUUCGACGAGCACUCAUACAUGCAGGAAUUUUUGUAGUAUUACUGGGUAUCAUGAUUUCACUUUGUUUGCAAUGUAUGAGAUUAAUGUUUCCUUUAACCAUUUCAUAUCAUGCUUUUAAUAAUUUUCAAUUAAGUAUGAGUAACUAUUUCAUGAGAGAAACGUUUGGGAAAGGGGCUGUGAUCAUGUCUCCCUUAUUCAUUUGUGCACCAUUUGCUGCUAUGAGUUAUUUCUUGCUUUCCAAUCGAGUGUACACACAUUACAUGCUAUUGUCAAAUAAUAGGUAUUUGUGUGGUAUGGCUUUUUUGUUUGCUCUUUAUACUGUAUUUUGUAUGCUGUGGCUUUCGGUUAUAAGCAUGGAUCUAUAUUUCAAAGUAUUGUGUGUGGGCUCGUUAAUUUUACUCGUUUUCUUUUCCAGUUGCAUAUUUGCUUGA